AUGGAUGUCAUGGAUAUGAUCAUCCACCUCGUCGAGAGGCAAGGCAGUCCGACGGAUAUCAACGGUGGUCAUAGUGAUGAUGCAAAAUCAAGCGCUGGCACUCGACCUGGACAGACAGAAGACGGACAGUGGAAUGGACCAGUAACCACUUCCUCCUCGACGACAGUACCCGCACCACCUGGGGCCAACGCUACAGAAAGUAGCACACCAAGCAUAACCACAUCAACAUCAGAACAAACUAUAAGUGAGCAGCCUCAAUACACGCCGCCCACACCCUCCGAGUUCCAAACCACCAACACUCAGCUCGAGUCGACGCAGCCGCUUACGAAGACAACAGCAUCAGCAACGACACCAGUCACAACCACUGAGGCAACAAGUGCCGCGACAUCAAGCACCGACUCAGAUGCCGGCGCCUCCAGCAGCAACCUGACUUCGACUUCCACUCAAACAAAAUUGGCCAUUGCUUUGCCGAUCGCCAUCGUCGGCCUGGUCGUAAUCAUAGUUCUAAUCUUCUUCUUCCUGAGACGUCGCAGACGUCAGAAUACCCCGCCCGCAUACGAUAUCGCAACCAGCCAACGAACUGCAGUCUCAACCUCAGAGUUAAUGUCCGUCCCCAAACUAGCCACUCCUGAGCCAGCAGCAUCAAGUGCACGCCAGCUUCCGGUAUUUGAUGUGUCCCAAAACCACACUCGUGAACCCAGUCCCGGAUCAACUGUCAGGAUGAAUGACUCCCACACAGAACUCGGACUCGCUGUCACUGCUCCUGGAGAUCAGAGGCAUAGCGGAUCAGAGCAUGAUCUGCAUCGGUUCGGUGGAACGGCGUCUAGGACUUCUGGUACCCCUCGCAUGCCCUUCGAGACUCGACAUGGCGACGACGAUGAUGAUGUCUCAGUCGUUUCAGAUAUGAAUGAGCGGCGGGGCCGUGAGCAUGACUUUGAUGAUAUGUCCUCUGUCUCGUCCUUUGAUGAAGACGAGCCGAGGACGGAUGAGCAUGAAAAUCAACGUGGGCGAAGCUGA